AUGUCGUCGGGCGGCGCCUCGUUCGCCUGGACGAAACCUCCCAAGGCCAAGCACCCCCUAGCUGACAGCAUCCUGGUGGGCUCACAGUGCAUGGAGCAGCAGCAGGGAGGGCAGCGAGUGGAGCUGACCUACCCCAUCCACAACGGCGUGGUGCAGCGCUGGGACGACAUGGGGCACGUGUGGGACUACACCUUCAACACCGCUCUCGGAAUUGACCCCUCUGAAACCAAGAUCCUGCUCACUGACCCUCCUCUCAAUCCCACUAAGAACCGCCAGCGCAUGCUGCAAAUGAUGUUUGAGAAGUACAACUUCGACUCCCUCUUCAUUCAGCUGCAAGCCGUGCUGCCACUCUACGCCCAAGGCAUUCUGACAGGGCUUGUAGUGGACUCUGGGGAGAGCGCCACUCACGCAGUCCCAGUGGUGGAAGGCUUUGCAUACCCACACCUUACAAAGCGGAUCAGCAUAGCAGGCAGGCAGAUCACGUCUCACCUCAUUGAUCUCAUGAUGCGACGCGGCUACCCCUUCAGCAAGGUGUCAGACUUUGAAGCGGCGAGGGCCAUUAAGGAACAGCUCUGCUUCGUCAGCUGUGAUUACAAGCGAGAGAUGCAACUGGCAGAGGACACCACAGUGCUUGUGAAGCAGUCCUCUUAA